GUGUAAGUGUGUCAAAUAAGCAAGGUUUCUCUCCUCUCUCACACAACUUCUUCUUUUUAAGUCUUCCUAACAUCCCUCUUUAAGUUUCAGAAAAAAACAUCAUUCUCUAAAAACACUUAACUAGUUUCCAAUUUAAUGGGGAAGCUCCAGAAGAUUGGUCGAGCAUGGGAUUGUCUGUUUUAUCCGACAAACCAGUGUUCAUGUUUUUGUCUAAACACCCUAGAAAAUGAUGAGGAAGAGUUUGAGAAGGAGCCACUGAUAGAUUCUUCAUCAGAGAAAUCGGGGAAGGUCAUGAGAUUAAAAGAUGAUGUAUCUGCUGAUCAUCGUCAGACUCUUGCUUUUCAUCUUAAGCCUAAGGUAGUGGAGCUAAAGGUGUCUAUGCAUUGCUACGGAUGUGCAAAGAAAGUCGAGAAGCAUAUUUCUAAACUAGACGGAGUGACAUGGUACAAAGUGGAGCUUGAAAGCAAAAAGGUAGUGGUGAAGGGGAACAUAAUGCCAGUAGAUGUGUUAGAGAGUAUUUGUAAGGUCAAGAAUGCUCAGCUUUGGUCUUCCUCUUGAAUUUCUUUCUAUUUCCACAUGGGUCUUUCAUGUCCAUGUCCCCAUCUUCAUGUAAUAUUAUUAUUACUAAAUUAUCUAAUUAUGCGUAGAUACACAUGCAUGCACCUAUCUCUCUAAUAUAUCCCUCUUUUUUCUGGGUCCAUUCUGUUUGUAACAUUUUGAAUCUAUGUCAUUAAUAAUUUAUAUAA